UUUCUACUGUCACUAUUCGGCAGCAGGCAAGGCCGGAUUGUGAUUCCUUACCGGUGUAAUUUUCUUUCUUUUCCCGGCGAAGUGUUUUAUCCAUGUCAAACAUGCUAAAACGAGGUAACUAAUCGCUAAGAUAAUUAGAAAAUAUAGCGAAAGUCAAAAUGUACGAAACCGUGCCUGAUGUUGCUCAUCCGAGAUUCAAAGCGAAACCUAAAUUUUAUCGAAGCGGUUUAAAGAUAGCUCUGGUGCAGAUGUCAGUAUGUGCGGAGAAGGCAAAGAACAUUGAGGCAGCAGUCUGCUGGAUCAGCAAGGCGAAGGAUGCAGGUGCUGAGCUGGUUGCUCUGCCUGAGUGCUUCAACUCACCUUAUGGCACCAAAUAUUUCAACGAAUACGCAGAAGAGAUCCCAAGCGGCGAGACAAGCCGCGCUCUGUCGGAGGCGGCGGCGAAGCACGGGGUGUGUGUCGUCGGCGGCACCAUGCCUGAACGACGCGACGGCAAGUUGUACAACACCUGCACUGUUUGGGACGGCAGCGGGAAACUCCUCGCUACUUACAGGAAGAUGCACCUGUUCGACAUAGACAUCCCGAACAAGAUAACGUUCAAGGAGUCAGACUCCCUGUCUCCAGGCAACCAGGUCACCACCUUCGAGUAUAAGGGCGUGAAGAUCGGUCUAGGCAUCUGCUACGACCUGCGGUUUCCAGAGCUGGCACAUAUUAUGGCUAAGGAUGGUUGUUCCUUACUCAUCUAUCCGGGCGCGUUCAACAUGACAACUGGCCCCAAACAUUGGGAGUUGUUGGCUCGGUCCAGGGCCAACGACCAGCAGCUGUGGACGGCGCUGGUGAGCCCCGCGCGGGACGAGCAGGCUUCUUACGUAGCCUGGGGGCACUCCAUGUUGGUCGGGCCUUGGGCCAACGUCGUGCAACAGCUGGACGAACAAGCUGGCAUGCUUGUGGAGGAUGUUGGUCUGGGUGCCGUAGAAGAAGUGAGGAGUCAAAUACCAAUCAGGAGUCAGCGCAGAACGGACAUAUAUGAAGUUGUCAAUAAGUGCCCUUGUUAAUACUCAUAUCAUGCUCUUAACACCAGCCUCAGGCCAGCUGGAGGGGCCAAGUGAGCUCGAAACGCGCGCCAUACAGAUAGGAGCAAAUAGUUCAUACUUCAACUUUGCACUCCACUCGUCCGCAAACUUUACGACUCACGGAGCUCCGCGAUAGUAUAUUAAAAGGUCUUGGGUACUAUUAACCUGCAGGGUAAUAAGUCAAAUAUCGACUAUGCUGCAAGGAGAUCAAAAUCAAAUCAAAUAUUCUUUAUUACACAGAACUAAACUUCAACAAUCAGACAUAACACAUUCCCUCCCUCAAGAAUGAUUCCAUAAUAUUACCUGCUCAAGUGCAUCUUGAUAUGCAAGCCUAAAAAGAUCUGACAAUAUACGAAAUCACCAACAAUCGAUUAUUCACUAGUUGUGGGUUUAAUUAAGAUAAUUAAAAACAAAUGUUAAUAAUAUAUUUGAAUAUUAUAUUUGUAAGCAUUUACUUAUAGAUGUUUAUAUUUUUAUAUUAAAGUUUCGAUUUUA